AUGCCUGGAAUCAGUCGAGGUGCCGGAGGGAGUACUGAUGACGCAGAUGCGGGCUGUUUCCAAGUCUUUCCGCCAGGAACUUUUUUCCAGGUGACGUUGCUACUCUUGCAUCUUGGGGCACUGAUGCUCGUCGCCUUGAUAAAUGGGGAGCUUGAAAGUGAGGGUGGCACUACAACCGGUUCAGGUGGCUGUUUACUUGUUCGGAUAUAG